GUCAACAAGUCGACCCAAAAAUCUUUUUAAAAACUCCUCUUGAGCAUUGUUCUCUGCAUCCAUUGCUCAAUAUUUUGCUGCUACAAAAACCACACAUUAAAUAAUGGGCAACAAUACCAUAUCCUCUUCUAUUUAUUCUCUUAUGCUCCUAGCAAUCAGCAUGGCAACUUGUGUUAGCACAUUUGCAGUUCCAUCAUCUGCAAAAUCAUCGUCGUCGUUUUCAUUUUCAGCAGAGGCGGAAGCUCUGCUGAAUAGUGGUUGGUGGGGACACGAUUCAUUGACAAACUUAUCUUUCACAAAUCAUUGCAACUUGAAAGGCAUCACUUGCAAUAGAGCAGGAAGUGUCGUUCGGAUGGAAGUUCAUUUCUUUUAUUCAUCCGGAAGGCUUUCAAACAUGAGUUGGUCUUCCUUGCCAAAUCUUGAAUAUCUUGAUCUCAGCGACUCUGGCUUAAUUGGGGGAAUUCCGGGUGAAAUUGGUACUCUCUCCAAGCUCACCCACCUUGACCUUUCUUCCCGUUCUCCUUCUUUCAACUAUUAUGAUCCUCUAAGAGAUUUCUCUAGCUUGGAGGGGGGAAUUCCGGGUGAAAUUGGUAAUCUGUCCAAGCUCACCAACCUUGACCUUUCCGGCAACUUUAGACUUCAAGGUGUUCUGCCUCCGAACCUGGGAAACCUCACCCAAUUAGUCCACCUCGGCUUAUCGGGGACUAAUAUCGGAGGUCCAAUCCCCUCAACUAUUGGUAAUUUGAGUGCUCUGGCCGAUUUGUCACUUUAUUCAAAUAAACUCAUCGGCUCCAUCCCUCUACAAAUAGAGAACCUAAAGAAUUUGGUCAAGAUGGAUUUAGGUUUCAACAACCUUCGAGGUCCAAUCCCUUUAUCUAUUGGCCAUUUAUCUAAUCUGACCUAUUUGUAUCUUGAUAGAAAUCAACUCAGUGGCUUUAUCCCUUCAUCUGUUGGCCAUUUAUCUAAUCUGAUCUAUUUGUAUCUCACUUCAAAUCAACUCAGCGGUUCUAUCCCCUCAUCUGUUGGUUAUUUAUCUAAUUUGACCUAUUUGGAUCUCAGUUCAAAUCGACUCUGCGACUCAAUCCCUCCAGAAAUAGGGAACCUAAAGAAUUUAGAGCAUAUGGAUAUGGGUUCCAAUAUCCUUAAUGGUUCAAUCCCCUCAUCUAUUGGCCAUUUAUCCAAUCUGACCUAUUUGGAUCUCAGUUCAAAUCAACUCUGUGGCUCAAUCCGUCCAGAAAUAGGAAACCUAAAGAAUUUAGAGCAUAUGGAUAUGGGUUCCAAUAUCCUUAAUGGUUCAAUCCCCUCAUCUAUUGGCCAUUUAUCCAAUCUGACCUAUUUGGAUCUCAGUUCAAAUCAACUCUGUGGCUCAAUCCCUCCAGAAAUAGGGAACCUAAAGAAUUUAGAGCUUGUGGAUAUGGGUUCAAAUAUCCUUAAUGGUUCAAUCCCCUCAUCUAUUGGCCAUUUAUCCAAUCCGACCUAUUUGGAUCUCAGUUCAAAUCAACUCUGUGGCUCAAUCCCUCCAGAAAUAGGGAACCUAAAGAAUUUAGAGCAUAUGGAUAUGGGUUCCAAUAUCCUUAAUGGUUCAAUCCCCUCAUCUAUUGGCCAUUUAUCCUAUCUGACCUAUUUGUUUCUCAGUUCAAAUCGACUCUGCGGCUCAAUCCCUCAAGAAAUAGGGAACCUAAAGAAUUUAGUGGAGAUGAAUAUGAGUUCUAACAUCCUUAAUGGUCCAAUCCCUUCAUCUAUUGGCCAUUUAUCUAAUCUGGCCCAUUUGUAUCUCCAUUCAAGUCAAUUGGACGGUCCCAUCCCUUGUGAAAUAGGUAAGCUACAGAAUUUGGUUGUGGUGGAUAUGGGCCAUAACAACCUUCAUGGCCCAAUUCCUCGAGAAAUAGGGAAUUUGUCUAAUCUGGCCCAUUUGUAUCUCCAUUCAAAUCAUUUGGACGGUCCCAUCCCUUGUGAAAUAGGUAAGCUACGGAAUUUGGAUAAGGUGGAUAUGAGCCAUAACAACCUAAAUGGAACCAUUCCCAAUGAACUUGCAUAUUUGCCUCUAAAGUACUUAGAUCUCUCGCAGAAUAAUCUCUCUGGAAAAAUCCCAUAUAAGCUUAGGUUCGUACGAACUCUUAACUUGUCAUACAAUCAUCUUGACUGUCAAAUCCCAAAUAGAUCUCCAAAUGGGUGUCCAAAUGGGGUUUGCCGUGAAGACUUUCAUUCCUCCCAUUGUUUUUCCUCCGUGGCCAAUAAAGGAACGAAACUUGGUCUUGUCAUUUCUCUCCCGAUCAUAGUAUCCCUUGCUUUACUUGUGUUUGUUGUGUACUUUCGUUACCGUAAAACCCAAAAAAACGAUGGUCAAUCAAAAACAACGAAACAUGGGGAUAUUUUCUCCAUAUGGAAUUAUGAUGGAAGUAUUGCAUAUGAAGACAUCAUCAAAGCAACAAAUGACUUCGACGUCAAAUAUUGCAUUGGAACUGGGGGAUAUGGCAGCGUCUACAGAGCUCAAUUACCAAGCGGCAAAGUAGUUGCCUUGAAGAAACUUCAUCGGCUGGAAGCAGAGCACCCUGCUUUUGACCAUUGCUUCAGGAAUGAGAUCAAAAUGUUGACUAAUGUACGACAUAGAAACAUCGUGAAGCUUUACGGAUUUUGUUUGCACAACAGAGGCAUGUUCUUGGUGUACGAGUACAUGGAAAAAGGAAGCUUGUUUUGUGCUCUAAGAUUCGAUGUUGAAGCUUCUGAAAUUGGAUGGACCCAAAGGGUAAAUAUCAUUGAAGGAAUGGCACAUGCUUUAUCCUACUUGCAUCAUGAUUGCACCCCACCAAUUGUUCAUCGAGACAUAUCUAGCAACAACAUUUUGUUGAACUCUCAACAGAAGGCUUUUCUCGCUGACUUUGGAACUGCGAGAAUGCUGAAUCCCGAUUCAUCCAACCAAACCGUAAUUGCUGGCACUUACGGCUAUAUUGCACCAGAACUUGCCUAUACCAUGGUUGUGACUGAAAAGAGCGAUGUUUAUAGUUUUGGAGUGGUGGCAUUAGAAACGAUCAUGGGGAGGCAUCCGAGAGACCUCCUAUCGUCCUUGACAUCGCCUCCUAGCAAAAACAUGAUGAUAACUGAUGUCCUAGAUGCACGCCUUCUGCCUCCAACUAAUCCAAUAGUUGCGGGGGACAUCGUUCUAGUUGCUACAAUGGCAUUUGCAUGUUUACAUCCUCAGCCCAAGUCCCGACCAUCGAUGCUACGCCUAUCUCAAGAAUUUCUUUCUCGUCGGAAGGCUCUAGUUGCACCCCUUCGUACAGUAUCAUUGUGGAAUCUAUGGAAUCGGAAAAUGGACUUUGUCCACCAAUCAAAUGAGCAAGUGAUCAGUGCCCAAGUUUGAAAAUAGAUUUUUUCAUCCUUCUCAGGCGUAAGUUGUUAUGAUCAUUAUGAAUGUCUGUAUUAAGAAAAGGUCCAGUCUAUCCAAAAGGAGCAAUGUUGUACUGUUAGUU